ACCCAUCUUCUCUCUCUUCCCCCUCCCUCUCUUUCUCUCUCUCUCUCUCUCACACACACACACACCCCAGUGUAAGAAGAGCAAAGAUGCCAGGGAACAGACCCAACAAACAUACCCAGAACACAACAGCAGCUACGGAACACUUUUAGAGAGAGACAUAGAGAAACCCAUUUAAUGCAAGAGAGAGAAAGGAGCUAUGCAGCAGCUUGAUGAUGAUGUGCAGAUGAGAUGGCCGUGUCGGUGCUGAUGAUGUCUCAGUCUCAGAGUAAGACCAAUGCCAACAGAAACACCGACGAAGUGAAGCCCACGGUCUUCCAUGACUUUAUGGGUCGGAACUGUGGGUCAGAUUCGUCCCCGGCGGCCAAAGCGGCCGGCGAUUUCGGCGGCGAUGCCAGGCUUUCGGAGCCGUCUCAGUCGGCCUCUGCCUCUGCCUCUGCUGGUGCUUCCUCUGGCGGUGGCGGCCGUGGACCCAUAACCAUUUCUGAUCUGGGUUCUGAACGACAGGUCGGAAAUCAUUUUGAGGGGGUGCCACUGUAUGGCCCCAGAAGUGAUCUUUUGGGCCCUGAGAUAAGUAACAGGUUAGUGGGAAGUAAGAGAAGUAAUUCAGAUUCUGCUUUCAUCGGGUCAUCCAGGGGCGGGUUUCCACAAAUGGGAGAAAGCUCGCAUUUGAUGAAGAUGCUUCGGAAUGCAGGGGGAGAGCGACCUAGACCGUCCUGUGAUGAGGAAAUGUUCUUUGGUAUGCAUCAAAGGAACCCAACUUCAGCAUCUCUUAUCUUGCAGGUGCCUGCUGGAAGUAGGAAUGAUGCCAAUGUUUCCAAAUGGGAGCGUGCUCUUCCCAUAAAUGUUGGUCCUGCAGUGCAGUAUCCUCCACGUGCAGGUCAAGUUGCAAGUUUUGGGUAUCAAAUUCCUUCGAACAGAUCCAAGGAUACAAAUGCAGGUCCAUCAGUAAUUUCUCAAGCAGCUGCUGAUGAAGGAUCGAGGACUGGAAUUAAAGGGUCUGGACUUUUGAGCUCCAUUAAUGCUAGUGGUGGAGUUUCUGAAAGACACCCAUCAGGGAUGUUGUCAAGUGAAAGCAAGCAGAAGUCUAAGACACAUGUUGCUGACCCAGAAUCUUCUAUUCCUCCAAGCCGACAUGGAUUGACAUCUGCAAGUCGCCAGAUGACUAUAUUUUAUGGCGGUCAAGCACAUGUGUUUGAUGAUGUUCACCCAAACAAGGCAGAUGUUAUAAUGGCUUUAGCUGGAUCAAAUGGAGGAUCUUGGUCCACAACUUACUUGCCAAAGUCUGCUGUGCGGCCAUCCCCUGGUGAAAGUUAUAUCCCGAGAGGAGAGAAUGAAACUGGCGUGGCCAGUAACUUUGCCUUACCGCGAGAUUUCCAUAGGAGGUUACUUGUCACAGGGAGUCCCAGUCAAGGGUUUGGCUCUGGUGAUCGAAUCUCAAUGGUGCCAGGUGGUCAUCAAGGCAUUAUUUCAGCUAAAGAUAAACGGACAUCAGGCCAAGCAACAGAACCUGGUAUUGAAGAGGAACGAGAGGUUAAAUUAAAUUAAAUGUGUUUGUAGCCUUUCAGAAGUCAAUAUUUUGUUUUCUGCUUUCCUUCUUUCACCAUUGGGGCUCUCUCUCCUCUCUCUCUCUCGGCUUUCUUCUUGUUUCAUUUAUGGGGACGGAAAUAGCUUUUUUGGAUUCACCACCAGAAUAUAAAACUAGCUGAAGUUUCCCAUCUGCUUGCAAUUUGUGUUUAUCCUCGAAUUUCCUCAUAGAAGGCCCUUUCUUUACCUGGUUUAA